AGAAAAUGAGGAUAGUAGUUCACCAAAAAACAUCUUACGACGACGUCGCAGAAGAUUGAGUGUUAUUUGUGAUCAGGAAAGAAUGUUACGAGGAUCAAGCUAUGAUUACAGUAAAAGAUUUUGUGGACAUUGUAACACGACUACUGAUAUAAAGGAAGCUAAUUUCAUGGGUAGUAAUGGACAAUACAUUGUGGCUGGCAGUGAUGAUGGGUCUUUCUUUAUAUGGAACAAAGAGACUACAAACUUGAUACGUGUCCUUAAAGGUGAUGAAUCAAUUGUUAACUGUCUACAGCCACACCCAUCAAUCUGUCUCCUAGCAACCAGUGGAAUUGAUCCUGUUAUCAGGUUAUGGAGUCCUAGACCAGAGGAUGGCAAAGCAGAGGAGAGACAUGUCGCUGAGGUAGAGGCUGCAGCAAGAGCAAAUCAAAAGCGCAUGAACGCUGACCCUCUGGAGAUUAUGCUGAUGAAUAUGGGUUAUCGGACUAGAUUUUCAACAGUCGAUGGAAGCGAUGACGAAGAUGGUGAUGACAAUCCUGUUAAUUGUAGGACUGUGUAAUCUUGAUGGGUUCAACACAUUUCUCAGGUUCAGUGACCACAAACAAAGAAUUGGAUUGAGGCAUCAAGGAACAAUGAUCACAGAUCUGUUAUUUCCACAGUACCUUAGUUCACAGUACCUUAGUUCACAGUACCUUGACGCCUUGGUUCAAGGCGUUGUUUGUGGUCACUGAACCAAAUAUAGGAUAUUGUGAAUAGUCUUAAUGGGUCAUCACAUGACUUGAUUAUGUUGAAUCACUUUUUCUACAACACUGCUACUAGAAUUCUUACUAGCAUGCUGUCAGGUAGGACACAACACCAUUUUUACACUACCUUUACACAAGCUAUAUUGACAUAUAUUAUGGAUAAAACUCUUUUGAAAAAAGAUUAAGUGAACUUCAUAAAUGGAAGCAAUGUUAUCAAUCCUUCCUGGCUUAUUUUUUUCUUGUUGAAAAGUCUUUCUCUUUAAAAUUCCAUUUUUUUUCUAUGGAAAUAUUUAUUCAACAUGCCAGACUGUUUCUCUGUAAAAUUAGAACAUACUUAGGGUUACUUUCUUUGGAGUACUUAAUGUCAUGAAGUUGUUUCUUUGUUUAUAAAUUACCAAACCGAAGAAUGUUCCACUUUGCAAAACUUGUUAUACUUCAAAACAAUUUGUUUGUAAACAGUGGUUCAUAUAGUUGUAUUGCAGUGUUUCUAUUAUCAAUGCUUUUAAGGGUUUAAAAAUGUUCCUUUUCAAUUUAUAUAUAACAGCACUGCAGCAUGAUGUAAGGCAAUUACAUUGUGAAUUUACAAUAAGCAAUGAUGAUCAUGUUUCCACUAUAUUGAUUAGAACUAGCAACAAAAAGAAUGCAACAUUAGUAUACAAUGUUUUGUUGUUUUGUUAUAGAACAUCUUUCUGUAUAAAGAGAUAUUGAUAUACUUUAUUAUCAUCUUGUAGCUAGUUCUAGACUCUUUGCUAGGUUAUGUGGAUGAAAACAUAUUAAGGGCCCAGUUGUUCAAAAGCCCGAUUAAACUAACCUAGGAUUUGGCCUAAACCUAGGUUAAAUUCGCUAAUCUUAGGAUGGCAUAAAAAAUGGACUUUUUCUUCACUUAAAGGGAAGUAAAUUUUAGAUUCACAAUUUGAAUUUGGAAGCUCAACAUCUUGCAGUUUUGCUUGUCCUUUUGACUUUCAUGCAUCCAUAAACACAAUGAAGACCCUUUUUGAGUGGGUUUUGUAGCAGGACUACAAAAUCAAGCAUAUUUCAUGAUAUUGUACAAUUAAGUUAUAGUGCUUUUGCACUGUACCAUAGCUGCAACUGCAUUUGUUGUCAAUUGAGUGUUACUUAUUUGUUGUAACUAGAAGAUGAGUUUCUUUGAUCAUAUCAUUUUUGUCAUUUGAAAUUUGCUCAACGUGCUGAAAACAUAACUAAAAUACAUUUGAUGAAAAUGAGCCUUAUUGUAAUUAAACGGCAGCAAAUCCUCUCAACUAAAACUAGUUUUGUAACAUUGCAAUCUGCCACUUACUUUGUCCAUAUUUACUAACACGAGUCUCUGUUAGGGGUAUAACUAUGUCUCCUGCCUGCAUUUCACAACUUCCUGUUGAAAUGUUGGGACCUUCUUGUAUUGCAUUGAGCAAUUCAUCAGAGCAGUCAUUCAUUCAUCACAAAUGUAUGUCUCCAUUUGUCAGAAUCUACCCCUAACAGGGCCUCUCACAAUAAAAAGCCAAUUAGAAUGGACACUUAUACCUUUCAAGAAGAGAUUUUCAUCAAGUCUUUGCUUGCAGGAUUGCAUCAUUAGUACUAUGUAGUUUAAGAGAAAGCAAAAUGUAUGAUAAUGUUAUAAUUCCAUUUUUCAUUGGACUAUAAGUAAUUUAGAUUUCUAUUCACAGUUAUUGGAAAGCACUUGCAAUAUUUAAUAUUGAUACUACUAGAAUUGCAUGUAAGGUUAGUUAGGUGGUAUCUCUUCAUUGAAUUGGUGGUAGACUGGAAAAUAUUCUUUGAAACCUGUGGAAAAUUGCCACAAAGAAAAUGAAAUAUCUGAACCCUUUGUACAUGUAUUUCUCCAAAAAAGAAUUAAAACUAUAAUUCAAAAAUUAUCUGCUUCAUUGUCUAAUAAGGAAAAAUGUUGAUGACCUUCACUAUGUUACCUGCAGUACAACAUUGUUUUUCCCAAUGGAAGACUUAGGGUUGUAGGUAUUCUUACUUCACAAACUUGUUUGUAUUAAGAGACAUCAUGGUUGAUUGAAAAGUUUUUCUCUAUUUUUUGUUAUUUUCAGGAUUAUUAUUAAAAUAAAAAUGAGAACCAAGACUGCAAGGGCCAGUUGUACUAAGUUUGGAUAAAGUUAUAGAGUCAUUUUCAUCUACUAGUCAGUGUUUAAUAGUAACUAUUAGGGUGUAGUAGGCUAAAAAAAGACUAAAUCAAAACCGCUUUUGCCUAGUGAUUUGUUUUUUGCAUGUCAAAAGUUAAACUAUUUGGAGCUAAUAGGGGGUAAUAGUAUUUAAUAGUACAAUUCCUAUUUCACAGACGGAUGGAAAUGACUCUUCUAGCUUUUUCACAGGUUUUUUUUAUACACUGGAUUAGGAUUCAUCACGUUUUUUGAUAGUGUUUCUCACCAAGGCCCCCAAGUCUUUAUUUCUUUCUCUUCCCAAGGCCAAAAAAGACACUCAAAAAUAGUUACUAAAUAGACUAUUUUAUUUCUCCUACAACAACCACAGCAAAAUUAGAAAGACAACCUUAAAUCGUCAUUUAUUACAUUUUAUGUUAUAAUUUAAAGUUUCAUUGCGGUUACUGUCACUAGACCUUUUCGCAGUUAAAACAAAAGUGGGCAACAUGUUUUGCUGAAGCCCUUAAAUGAUGAACCUAGUGAUUUCAAAAUCAUGAUCUUUUUAUUAUCAACAUUUUUUAUGACAUUUUGCAAAGAAGAAUCAAGCUCAAAAGGACUAUUUUUGGUUCGUGUCUGAUUCUUGUUUUGGUGCAAAACCACAGGCCACUUGCACAACUUGUUUUAUAACCAUGAAAAGGGCUAUUGAUAUGUUCUUAUACAAAUAACUACGAUACUGAGUUAUAUCAAUAUUAGAUUUGGAUGAUUCAUUGGAAUGUUUCCUGUGCAUUCCAUUAUGUUAAAAAGACACAUCUCCAUCCACACCCUCCUUGAUUUCAUCCACACCCUACUUGAUUUCAUUUCACAGUAUUUUAUCUUGGAGAUAAAAAUUAAUGCUUAAUAUUCUAAAAUUUUUAUUUUAAAAUAAACUUAAGGUUUUGAGUUGGAC